AAUCUCGUCUCCUCCCCUCCCCACGCCGCCCCCCUCGAGAAGAGAGAGAAAAAAGCGAAGCGCGGGCGGCGGCAGACACAAGAUGCCGGCGACGCCGACGAUCAUCGGCGCCCUCCUGGGGCUCGGCACCCAGAUGUACUCCAACGCCCUCCGCAAGCUCCCCUACAUGCGCCAUCCCUGGGAGCAUGUGUUGGGGAUGGGCCUAGGCGCAGUGUUCGUGAACCAGCUGGUGAAGUGGGACGAGAAGCUCAAGGAGGACCUGGACAAGAUGCUUGAGCGUGCGAAGCAAGCCAACGAGCGGCGUUACUUUGAUGAUGAUGAUUAGCUAUUCAAAUUUGUUUGCCAGCAACCAGUCUUUUUUUUUUCAGUUUGCUAUGGGCUGUACUCUGUACACAUGGUUUGGACCAUCCACUUGUAGUUCUUAUCCACCGGCCACACCUGGCUCCACAUUUCAACUGUGGUGCUGUAAUAAACUGUUAUUUUCACAAAGGAUGUGAUAUUUUGCUUGUAUGAGAAACCAAUUAUCGUACUUGGAUCU